AUGGCUCAUAAUAGUAUGAAGCUACUUCCCGGAGACUCCCUCUUUGCUGAGACUCCCCAGGGAGAGAUUCUGACCGUCAACGUUUUCUCUGGGCUUCUUGAGACACCGGGAUGCAUUGUCCCUCUGCGCAGACCUUUGAAACUAACUCACUCUUCGGCACUCCUUUUUUCCUCAUCGAACAAUACGCGUGUCAAUGUAACCUCUGCGCAAAAGCAGAAGGACCCCUGGACGUGGACAGCUCCAUACCCCUGCGCUGAGCUGAAAGCGCUCUUCCAGCACAUUAUGUCUGUUGCUCACACAGGCCUUGUACCUUGGGUCGGUAUAGUAGGGCCUCAGUCAUCAGGAAGAAAGACCAUUCUGUACACUUUGGCUGGCUGGCUUACUCGAGCCGGAGUAACCACCAUAGUGGCUGACUAUGACCCCGCUGGAACAGCAGUGGGGUAUCCUGGGACCAUUUCAGCUGCACACUUCCUUGUAGGAGAGGAGCCCGGGUCCAUGCUUUGUACCUGGGGUGUAUGCUCCUUUUGCGACAGUAGAAAGGCCCCCAAUUACCUUACAACUACAAUUCAAGAUCGUAUCUUUUCGUUGCUCACCAAUCACGAUGUUCGCGGGCUCGAUAAGCCAGUAGUUGUCCUUUAUCGAAUGCGUGCAUAUCAAAAUACAAUUGAGGGUCGCCAACAGCUGCAUGCCCACUUUUCUAAUAUGUGGUCGUUCCUAGAAGAUCGAGUAUAUACUUACAAGGCGCCAACAUUUACUCAGCCCCAAGGCCCCACUGGGGCGACGAUGGCCCACUUUAAUAGGUUUAUGAGCGAACUAAAGGAUGAGAUAGGCACAUUGACAUACCUUCAGGCUAUUAAGCACUUUGGAAAGUAUAUUCCCAUUAUUAUAUCCACUAGAAACCCCGUCCAGUUAGGCACAUUCACCAUAUCACGGUCCACAGAGGACAAAGCCAAAGACCCUUUGCCCCAAAGCGCCCCGGUGCCAAUUGUGCACGUAAUGAUCGAUCCUCUUUUGAAAGAUGUAACGCCAACAGCACGAAUGCAGCAACAACGUAUAAAGGAACACUUCUACGGCUACAACUGGCAGCUUGCCCCAAUGGUUCUCAGGUUCAAGUACGCUACACGUGUCGAGAAGGCCAUGCCCGAUAUCGACAAGGGUGAGCAGCAUGAGUUUUGUAGUAUCAUACAGCUUAUGAGAGACGAGGACACAGACUACGCACGCAUUCUUACCCACCAGGACUUUACUGGCGCUACGCCAAUGAACCUGCAUGAGCGAGUUUGUUACGUACCAAGAUUUCACGAUGAAACCCAGGGUGCGGAGAUACUUGGACAGCACGAGGCAGGUAAGCUAUCAGAGUUUUUGGAGAGUGAAGAAGGUGCUAUAGUUCUUUUGAAUGCAAACAUCAUAGGUCUUGCUGUGAUUAAGGGGUAUGAAGCCCGUGAUGACGAGCUAUACCUAGAGAUCCUUUUGCCAACAAAAACAAUUGUUUCUGAGAUUAUGCUGCUUAUUCUCACAGAGCACUAUGCUGGCGGAUCCCUAUGA